AGGGGUCAUAGCUUUUCCUAAAUGAUUCAAAUUAUUCUAAGAAUUUUGUAUAAAAUCAUGAUUCAUUUUGCUAGUGUAUAUUUUUUUAACACUUCUUAGCCUACUUUUAUAUUUAAUAACUGGGAAUAAAUUACCCAGCUCACUAAUAUGACAGGAAAUUAGGAAAUUCUUAAUGUUUUUCCAUGGAAUAAUGCAUAUUUUUCCCCUUUUCUUUCUUUUUUCUUUUAUUAUUAUUAUUAUUUUUUUACACUUUGGCCAGAGCUUGGUGGGAGAGGGGGGCAAGGUCAGAGUUUUUUUUUUUUCAAUACCUACUUACAGUUUUCAUUUCAUAAUCAGUGAAUAUGUAGUGAUGGAAUCAAUGUUUAAGUAAUAAAUGGUACAGUACGCUGUUUAAAAUGGGCUUGAAGUCCCUUAUUGCUGAUUUAUAUAUAUAUAUAUUUACUAGUUUAAUUACUUUGGCCGUGUCAUUUUAAAGAAGUGUCUUUAUUUUACUUUCAAUUAAGGGUCAGUCCUUUACAAAGCUUACGAAAAUUCGCACCGUGUGUGUGUGUAUGUGUGUGUGUGUGUUUCUCUUAAGGAGAAAACUACCCCUCCCUCAACAUGUAUAUUAUCAGUUACCCCACACCCACCCCAAAAAGAGAACAGCCAAUCGGGACGUGGCGCUCCGGACACGCGCGUAACGGACACCGUUAAACUCAUCCUUCUCUUCUACCAUUGGCUGUUCUCUUUAAGAAAGGAUGUCACCGGAGGUCCUGAGAGAUCGCUGCCUCUUCCUUUGCGCUAUUACACCGGUUGAACUUCCCUCGCUACACGACUUGCAUGGCACUUUUGUCCUGACAUAUCGACGGUUUCGGGGAUUUGGUUCGGUCGCUUUAAGGCAUCACGACCUGGGUACCUGUCCGUGGUGCUGAAAGCAUCAUGCUGUUCCGGUUCGGGCUCGCGCAGCUCGGUUUGUGGAACUGCGCCUGAGUUUUACUCAUAAACAGCACUUCCGUUACCGGAUCUGAACAGUUUAGGAGAAAGUCGGUAACCUUGUAUUUAUUGGGAUUUGGGAAAGUCAUUUUUAUUUGAAAGAUUUCUCAAGAAGAGGAUAAAUCCAUCCAGCUCAAUUCCUCGAUUAAAGCUCGAUCCAGACGCAGGACACUUUUACCCGUCACCUGAUGCACAGAUGCUCGUGUGAAAGCGCUGUUUUGUUUCUCUCAUCGCUGUAUUUACUGUACAAUGGAAGUGCCAACAAACGGCUCAAGUUUUGGGAUCGACUCUUUGCUCUCACACAGACCAGCGAGUCCGCGCGUCUCCACAGCCGCAGCGCGCGCUUUAACGGAAGACUGUCGCUCUCCGGCUUCUAGCCCGCGCUCAGAGCUGGACAGUGACUGCUCGUCUCCACCGUCCCCGAGGCGAGAGUCUGACCCCGGGUCUCCGUUAGUAAUGUCGCAGCCGAGAACAGUGACGUCCUCUUUUUUAAUCCGGGACAUUCUGGCCGACUGCAGGCCGCUCGCCGCGUGCGCGCCGUACACCAACAGCGGAAACUCAGCGCGCGAGACGGAGGACUACACUGACAGACUGCACAGCAACUCAUCAUCUGAUAGCGAAUACCGGGCCAAAGAUGAGCCGGAACGGGAAAUCUCCAGCAGCAGAGAGAGUCCGUCCUCCCGGCUGAAGAAGCCCCGCAAAGCACGCACGGCCUUCACCGAUCACCAGCUCGCGCAGCUCGAGCGCAGCUUUGAGCGCCAGAAGUACCUGAGUGUGCAGGACCGCAUGGAGCUCGCGGCCUCUCUCAACCUCACCGACACGCAGGUCAAGACCUGGUACCAGAACCGCAGAACAAAGUGGAAGCGACAGACAGCAGUUGGUUUGGAGCUCCUUGCCGAAGCAGGAAACUACUCUGCUCUUCAGAGAAUGUUCCCGUCGCCAUAUUUUUACCCACAGAGCCUGGUGUCCAGUUUGGACCCUGCAGCAGGACUGUAUUUAUACAGAGGACCCACCGCGACACCUCCGGCUCUCCAGAGGCCGCUCGUACCCAGAGUUCUGCUGCAGGGUGGAGCUGAACCCCAGCUGUCCCCGCAUCUGUCCACGCACAUGUCCCCGCUCUCUGCCGCGUUACCGAGACCCACACCACAACGGUGAACGGCUCAGGAUCCUCAGCAAGGACAAAGUGAGCCGCGCUUUACAGCUGGACAACAGCAGGACGCGUAAUGGCGGACGUGCAGAAGAAUAUGCGUUAUGCGCGUUUCUUGAAAAUAAUCCACGGGACAAACUUGCUUGCAAAGUUUGUAUAAAGUUCUAGCAGAGGUGAAAUGAAGCCUUCUGAUUGGCUGCUGAAGCCGCGCGCCGCUCCUGAACACACUCACGCGGCUGUAACGGCGGAACUUAAGGUCCGACAAACCAAAAAUGUCAGAUUGCAGCUGCGUGAUUACCAGGAACUGCCAGCCAAAUAAUUUAAAAUAAU